AUUGGUGGCGGGCUGUGCUGAGUCUCGUAGUUGCCUUCUGAUUACUCCCAGGCGGCCUUUACUUAUGUUGCCUUGCUCGCCCUUGCCCGGUGAGAAUAAAAUAGUUGUCCAUGGCAGCGCCUCACACUUCACUGCUGGCUUCCACGAUUCUCUACUGUCCCUGUCUGUCUAAUCUUCCCGUUCAUCUUGGAUAAUCGAGAACAUAGACACGAUCAACACCAUCUUGUCCCGUGUGCCUUGCGAUCCAAGAACACAGGGCACUUUUUGUUUUCUCCUGUUUGCAGUCAUCACCCUUCUACGAUGGGGUUCCUAGGAGGGGGCAACGACGGCGGCAGCGGCAGCAGCAGCGGCUCAGAGCCGCAGGCCGAAUCCUGCCUGGAGUACCUUGUCAUCGUUCCGACUCAGCCUAUCGCUGGAAGUUAUGACUUUUUCCACUUCAACAUGAUCCUCUCCGGUGCCUCGUGCGCCUUCGUCACAGUCACCAUCUUCAUCCUCAUGAUGCUUCACAUCCGCCAUCUCAGCAAGCCCAGAGAGCAGAUACACAUUCUUCGCUUGUGCCUCUUCAUGCCAGUCUAUGCUGUGGGCACUCUCAUCAUGGUUGUUGAGCCAAAUGCCUACGUCUACCUCAAGCCAUGGCUAAAGCUUCUAGAAGGCUAUGCCUUGGCCUAUUUCUUCCUCCUCGUCUGUCAGAUGAUCUCACCAGAAGAUGCGUCUGAUAGCGAGGCUAUGCUUGCACCACUCUUGGCACUAGCUCGCCAGAAAAACAUGAACCCCCAAGCCCUUAUGAAGUCGUACCGGUUGCGUUGGUUCUUCAUCUACCAGGCGCCGAUCGUGCUCUUCAUUGUUGCCAUUGUCACUGAUGUGGCACAGGGACUCAAGGGCUAUUGUGGUCAACAUGGCCAUCCCAGUGGCAGUAGUAGCAAGAGCAAGGUCGACACGAUUCUGUCUGUGGUUGGCAUCGUUUCUAUUAUGCUGGCUGUCUACAGCGCCAUCAAGUCCACCAUGAUGCUCAAGAGAGAGCUCAAGCCGCACAAAGGUCAACUGAAGCUAUGGGCCUUCAAAGCAUUGAUUUUGCUGCAGAUUAUCCAGGAGAUACUUUUCCUUAUCCUGACACAUGUAGAUCCUUCACCACUGGAGCCGUCUGCAACGUUAAGCUAUGUCGACAUCGAGCAAGGUCUGCCGUUGCUCAUGAUUCUCCUUGAGAUGGUCAUCUUCGCGCUCUUCUAUCAUUACGCAUAUAGCUCAUCCCCAUACAUGAUCGGUAAAGGCUCGAAGAUGGGAGGCUACUGGCCAGGUGGAUGGAAAGUCUGGCUCGAAAUACUCAAGGUCAAUCAGCUCUUCCAUGCACUUACUUUUGGCUUCCGAAUCCAGGCCGAGUACAAUCGCUUGGAGACAUCCUAUCAGCGUGGUGCUCGCAGACCGCACCAGCGAUAUAGUGAAGAGUCACUCGUCGAGCCCCACUGGCCUGCAGCAGUACCACAUCACGCCCCACCCAGCUACCAGAUGGCUUGAUGAAGGAUAUUAGGGUCUGGGGCCCGAAAGCGAGGCUCGGGUCCCCUCCUGUCUGCUGGGCUAGUGUGCAGUAGCCAUGAUUUUAUGGUCUACAAGUUUUGCCAGGCUGCGCGCAGAAUGUAUUCGUUGGACGUUGUCAUACCCUUGAGUGGAUCUCAAUUUCUUCUCAACAUAUUUCAAUAGAAUGAUCAUUUUAGAGACAUAUGCACGAAUGGACAAUACAUUAGAACAUUGCGC